AUACGUCAGUUCAGACGAUGUUAUCCAGCUAAAUAUAAACACAGAUUAGAUCAAAAACGACAAAGAACCGUAUCCCAUACGUCAAUACAGGGAUUAUGGAAUAAUCACCCGGCUUCGGUUCGGCAUUCCAACUCAAAACAGAAUGUUAUCAGCGGCUCCAGGCUUAACGGUUCAAUUUGGACCCCCAACAUUAAAAUCGGCACAUCCCCGCAAAGCUCAAUCAGUAUUUUGCAAGCAGUUGACGUGUGCAGAAUGCAGAUAUUAAUCUUAUUAUCACUAUUUGUCGCAGCAGGUGCGACCACCACCGAUUUGACAAAUCACAGAAGAAACCCUCGUAUCACUGAAGGUACCGUUGCUCAGCCCGAUGAUAUCCCGUGGGCGGUGGGUGUGUUCAUCCUCGGUGGAUCCCGUCAUUCAUUUUGUAAUGGUGCGCUAAUCUCCCGUCGUCACGUCCUGUCGGCGGCUUCAUGCAUUGGCAGCCAUACCACGCUCUCCAUCGCGCUGGGUGCCAGCUCAAUGACCAACGUUGAGCAGGUGAUUGGAGUUUCCAGAGUGCUGCCACAUCCAGGAUACAGCUCAUUCUUCAAUCGGGACGACAUCGCAUUGCUAACGAUGGCUGAGGACGCCAGCAUCAACGCUCACGUCCAACCGGUGGCACUGCCGAGACGUUCGGAUAUCGGUAAAAGCUUUGUGAACUGGAUGGCGACAACCGCCGGGUGGGGUCAAACUGGAAACCGUGACAAUGAGAUGAUUCCAAACGAGAAUCUUCACUUCGUCAUGGAUGUCAUCAAAUCAAACUUUGUUUGCGGUUUCUCGCACACUUUUAUUCGGGAUACCCAUGUUUGUACCGCAACGGACGAAGGAGGACCGUGUGAUGGUGACGAAGGAGGCCCAGUGACGGUGAGGGAAGCUGGCCGUAUUUUCCUCAUCGGAAUUCACUCGUUCCACUAUAGCGGAUUGAGGGGAUGUGAUCGUGGGCGAACGGCGGUACACACGCGUGUCACCGAGUACCUCGACUGGAUCGAGGAAAAUAGUGGUAUUGCGGUCCCAAACUAAACAGGAUGGAACGCUGAAAUAUAAAGUUUAUGCGAUAUUUAGAUUAAAUGAAAAAAAACACGAAAGAGAUUGAAACAAGACUGACUGAAUGUACAAAUGAAUAAAACAAUUUAAUACAAUUUUUCUUUGUAAUCUUGAUCCCAACCCUGUUACUCGAGGAAAAUGAAAAUUGCCCUACUUGAAACAGACGUUAAGGUAAAAUUGUGCUAAAUGUGAACCCUACUGAAAACAGGUACUUGAAGAAAAUUGUGUUGGAAUCAAUCCGGAUUGGACUCAACCUCGUCAAGUUAUAGGACACCUUAAAAAAUCGUACAAAUUUGUCAGUCU